UAUUUAUUAAACAAUAAUUUCAGAUUUUAAAAGAAGCAGACAUAGAAAACCCUGCAAAAGAAAAGAGGGCAUCAGCCAUCAAAUAAGAAAAAUAUAGUUUAAUCAAGAAUCCAACCUUCAUCACGCCGGAGCUGACACGCCUUGAUAGAUAAUCAAAAAGCAUCAUUGCCGGUAGCCACUGUCCACACACACACGCAGACGCCUAACCAUGGAUGCCGCUUCAGCAGCCAUCAACGGAGCUGCGAAAACGGCCACCACAUCACAGGCGUAUUUAGAGGGCACCAAGGUGAAAGAAACCAAGGCCCUGAUUGCAGAGCUCUGCCGCCACUUCUACAAUCUCGGCUGGGUCUCCGGCACCGGCGGCAGCAUCACCAUCAAAGUCCACGACGAUGCAGUUCCCAAACCCCAGCAGCUUAUCGUCAUGUCACCAUCAGGUGUGCAGAAGGAGAGGAUGAUGGAGGAAGACAUGUAUGUGUUGUCUACAGAUGGGACUGUGUUAUCUGAGCCAUUGUCGAAGCCAUGGCCGAAUAAGCCUCCCAAAUGUUCUGAUUGUGGUCCCUUGUUCUUGAAGGCAUAUGAAAUGCGUAAUGCUGGCUCUGUCAUCCACAGCCAUGGAAUGGAAUCUUGCCUCGUAACAAUGCUCAAUCCAUCAUCAAAAGAAUUUCGAAUCACUCAUAUGGAAAUGAUCAAAGGAAUCCAAGGGCAUGGUUACUAUGACGAACUUGUUGUUCCAAUCAUAGAAAAUACUGCUCAUGAAAGAGAGCUUACCGAAUCUCUUGCAGAAGCAAUUAAAGCAUACCCGAAAACCACGGCAGUCCUAGUUCGCAAUCACGGAAUAUAUGUGUGGGGAGAUUCAUGGAUCAGUGCUAAAACACAGGCUGAAUGCUACCACUAUCUAUUUGAUGCUGCCAUUAAACUUCAUCAAUUAGGCUUGGACUGGUCAACCCCGUCUCACGGUCCCAUCCAUCAUCCAGAUGGACCACAAUGCAGCCUCAGAAAUGCUAAAGUCUCUGCAAAAGGGGGCAUCUCUUCGAACGGUGGAAUUGGACAAUCAAGGAGGUGCAUUGUACUGGACAUCGAAGGAACUACUACUCCCAUAUCGUUUGUUGCGGAUGUUCUCUUUCCAUAUGCCCGUGACAGCGUGGAAAAGCAUUUGGUGCUGACGUAUGAUACUACAGAAACUCAAGAUGAUAUUAAGCUGCUUUGUGCACAAGUAGACGAAGACUUGAAGAAUGGUGUUGCUGGUGCCGUUCCCAUUCCCGUUGAUGGAGGAAAAGAGGAGGUCACUGGUGCUGUAGUCGCGAAUGUGAGGGCGAUGAUAAAAGCUGACAGGAAAAUUACUGCCUUGAAACAAUUACAAGGUCAUAUAUGGCGAACUGGAUUUCUGAAUCACGAGUUAGAGGGAGUUGUAUUUGAUGACGUUCCUGAAGCUCUCGAGAAGUGGCAUUCUCUUGGAAUAAAGGUGUAUAUAUAUUCCAGUGGGAGCAGACUAGCUCAGAAGCUCUUGUUUGGCAACACCAAGUACGGGGACCUGAGGAAGUACUUGUGCGGGUUUUUUGACACCACGAUAGGAAACAAGAAAGAAACGAGAUCCUACGUGAACAUCACCGAAACUCUAGGAGUGGACAAUCCAUCGCAGAUUCUGUUUGUGACCGACGUGUACGAAGAAGCUACAGCUGCAAAAACAGCAGGUACUUUCCAAGCUCCACCAACUUAUAAUCUUAAAGGCAAAAACUUGUGUACAUCUAGAUGUAGGGUGCAUCCAUCCCAAUUAGGAUUCGCUGAUUUCCAAUUAGGGAUAAUAUGGAGUUGAGGCGGUAUUUUCGUCUGUUUUUACGAGUGGCAUUGCCGUGUUAAUGCAGGCAUGGAGGUGAUAGUCUCCAUUCGGGCCGGCAACGGACCUCUUCCUGAGAGUCAUGGCUUUCGGACAGUCGAGUCGUUUUCGGAUAUCUAAAUGUGUAAAAUUCAACACGCUUUUGUUAGAGGCCAACUUCUGCUGACUUCUACUGUUUCUCUUCAUUGUGCUUUCUGAAAAAAGAACAUAAAACAAAGGAUCUAAUGUCGCUUUUUCUCCUAUAGUUCUAUGCUUGUUUUUAAGCAAUAUUCUUCAAUAACUUCUACCAGACACAAUGGUGUAUUUUAUAUUUCUCA